AUGGGCUUCACGAUAACCGUCUCGUUUGGAAAGGCUCAAUUCCAAAGAACUGUUGGCGAGGAUGACAAAGUGGGCGACCUGCAAAAGGACCUUGAAGCUGAGACGGGUGUCAUAGCCAGGAAGCAGAAACUGAUAUUCAAGGGUCGAGUCCUUGAUCCUGGACAACGACUACACGAUGCCAAAGUCAAGGCUGGCUCCAAAAUUUUGAUGAUAUCCAGCACGGCCAUCGAGACCAGGGGACAAGAAGCAGCAAGAGCUGCAGCCCAGCAAAAGGCCGCAGCUGCAAAGGCACGUGCUGAAGAACUGAGAAAGGCAGCUGCACCUCUGAGGCAGAGGCAAAACAGAGCAGGUUCAUCAGCAUCAGGCAAGACCGUGUCUUUGCAGGAGCGGUUGAAAACGUGGCAGAAGACGAAAAUCCUGCCUUUGAGGGACCAGCAGCUGGAGGAGCUUCCAGAGGAGGUGCUAACUCUGUCAGAUACAAGGGUGAUAGACCUGUGCUGGAACUGCCUUACACAUCUAGGCGACGGAAUAGCUCAGCUGACGAAGCUCUGCACCAUCCGAUUGUCUCACAACAGGCUCACUACGGAAGGGCUUGCCUCAGGUCUCUUCCGCCUCCAAGAAUUGACAUACCUGGAGCUUGAGGACAACAACAUCACUUCGCUGGACGGAAUAGGUGGCCUCCAGCGGCUGCGACUGCUCAAUGCCUCAAGAAACCAACUUUGCAACCUUCCAAACGAGGUGUCCACACUGACAUCUCUUCAACUUCUGAAUGUGGAAUGCAAUCAACUGCAAGGAAUCCCAGAGGCACUGGGCCACUGUGCUCAGCUUGUCGAUCUGCUGCUUGACAAUAACACGAUACAACGAAUUCCUGAUGAAGUGUCAAAGCUGACAAAUCUAAGAUGCUUGAGUGCAAACAAGAACAGAAUAUCUACAGUACCAGCUUCACUCCUUCGGUGUUGCACAUGCCUACGCACGCUCAAUUUGCAUGACAACCCGGUGACUACAGAGCAACUUAGAGAGACGGAAGGCUAUGAAGACUUUGAAGAGCGCCGAAAGGGGAAAUAUGACAAGAUCAUAGACAUGGAUGUCAUGUUUCAGGAAUUCGACGAAGGUGCAGAUGCUCCUGAUUGGCGAAGAUAG